GGUGAGGUCCAGGCAAGUUUCUCGUCUUCUGAUGCUUACUGUUUGGGGGACUCGCGGGGAGGGGGUCUUCCAGUCUGUGUCUGUCUGCCUUUGCUUCCUCCCUCUGGCUCUCUCCAUUGGAGACAGAAAGUUAGAUUUAAAAAACGCAACAGAGAAUAUAAAAUCUAUGCUCAGACCGCAGAUAAACAAAACUCUGGGGCCAUAUUCUUAAUUUCCCAAGUACCUUCACAUGUCCGAAUGCGGCGUUUAUGGAGCUAGGAAUGUUUUGUUUGUUUCGUGUAUUUCCCUCCUCCCCCACUUUCCUCCGGUGUAAUUCUUAGAGGUGGGGACAGGAGAGUCAGAGGGCUUAGCUGGGAUCCUUUGCCAGAGUGGCUUCUUCAUUCUCUGCGAGGUGGCAGAUGUUUUACUGUAGCCUGAGUUGCGAUCUUGGAACAACCCUCUCCAGCCCAGGACAUGCCAGCGCUUAAGUGUUUUCUGCAUUCUGUCCCAGCGGAUCUGAUUCCUGUUCUGAAGAACUGAUGUUCAGCAUCGUUAGUUAAAUUCAGCUGCUGCCUGACUGUACACCACAGCAAAGGCUUUGGAGACAUUUCACAGUUAAAACUAUAAUGAGUUUCUUGGAGUGUAAUCCCAGUGGAGGCUGUUCUACAUAUAGCCUGAAAGAAUACUUAACUACCAUCAGCAAUUCUGCAGAGACCUUGUAAAAAACACACUUUACACCAAACAACUGAGUGAUUCUGAGUUGGUUGGGGGAACCUUAGUUGUAGAUAUCAAUUUACCUUCUUGAAGAUUCAACCACUGCUACUCAGAGAGCUGCUGCUGAAAUACCAUGUCUAAGAACUCAGAGUUCAUCAAUCUGUCAUUUUUAUUGGAUCAUGAGAAGGAAAUGAUCCUGGGCGUCCUAAAGAGAGAUGAAUAUUUGAAAAAAGUGGAGGACAAGAGAAUAAGGAAGCUGAAAAAUGAACUCUUAGAAGCAAAACGUAGAAGUGGGAAAACUCAGCAAGAGGCCAGCAGAGUUUGUGUUCACUGUCAGAGAAACCUGGGCCUAAUCUUUGACCGGGGAGACCCUUGUCAGUCUUGCUCACUGAGGGUAUGCAGGGAGUGUCGAGUUGCAGGCCCUGAUGGCAGCUGGAAGUGCACUGUCUGUGACAAAAUCGCGCAGCUAAGGAUUAUAACUGGUGAGUGGUUUUUUGAAGAAAAGGCAAAACGUUUCAAGCAAGUCAAUGUUCUCGGCACUGAUGUUGUCCGACAGUCCAUUUUAAGAAGAAGUCCAGGAGCUGAAGAAGUACAGAGCCAAGAGCAAACCUGCCAGGAUGCAGAAAAGUCAGACACUUCACCUGUUGCUGGGAAGAAGGCCAGCCAUGAUGGACCCAAGAGAAAGGGAUUUCUUCUUAGCAAGUUCAGAUCAGCAACCAGAGGAGAAAUCAUAACUCCCAAAACUCAAAGUGGGCGGAGCUAUAGCUUGGACUUAGACGGUCAACAUUUUAGGAGUUUAAAGUCAGCUCCUGGUUCAGACAGGGGAAACACUGGCUCAUCAGAUCUCAAUGACCAGGAAGCUGGUUCUAGGACCCCAAAGAGCAGUAGGAGCAGUGGUGUGACCCCAGUCACUCAGAGGUCUCCAGCCCCAAGCACACGAAGUGUGACCUCAGUCAUCAGUAGAGAGUAUGGUUUUGAAAAUUCCACAGAUUUGGCUGCUCUUGAAGGUACCUCUCAGGAGUUCACAAAGAGUCACCGCAGAAACACUUCUGGCACACCUUCCAUAGCAGUGUCUGGAACCUCUCUCUCCUCAGAUCGGAGUCCAUCUGAGUUAGAUUUGAGUGAGUCAUUUACAGAAGACUUAGAGGAUACAGUAAGCAUAAGAAGCAAGUCUGUCCCUGGGACUUUAGACAAGGACUCCUUGGAAGAGACUGAAGAAAGCAUUGAUGCCUUAGUGUCCUCGCAGUUAUCUACAAACACGCACAGUCUGGCAAGUGGCCUAUCAACUAAUUCUCAAGCAGGUUCUGACAGGAAGUGGACCUACCUAAAUGUGCCUGAUGCUGACUCAGACACUACCAGUCUUAACAGCAUGAUGAGUGUUUACAGUGAAACCGGAGACUAUGGCAACGUGAAAGUCAGUGGUGAAAUCCUUCUCCAUAUCAGCUACUGCUACAAAACUGGUGGGCUCUACAUUUUGGUCAAGAAUUGCAGAAAUCUGGCCAUAGGAGAUGAAAAGAAACAGAGGACAGAUGCUUAUGUCAAGUCAUACCUUCUUCCUGACAAGUCCCGGAACAACAAGCGUAAGACCAAAAUCAGAACAGGCACCAAUCCAGAAUUCAAUGAAACACUAAAGUACACCAUCAGCCAUACCCAGCUGGAAACAAGAACUCUGCAGCUGUCAGUCUGGCACUAUGAUCGAUUUGGACGUAAUAGCUUCCUCGGGGAAGUAGAGAUUCCUUUUGACUCAUGGAACUUUGAAAAUCCAACUGAUGAGUGGUUUGUGCUUCAACCCAAGGUGGAGUUUGCUCCUGAUAUUGGCCUUCAAUACAAAGGAGAGCUGACAGUUGUUUUACGUUACAUUCCCCCGGAAGAGAAUCUGAUGCUUCCACCAGAACAACUCCAAGGAAAUAAGACUUUUAAAAAGGGAAAGAAGAAGGAGUCACCUGUAAUCUCUGGAGGAAUACUAGAAGUGUUCAUCAAAGAAGCAAAGAAUUUGACAGCAGUGAAGUCAGGAGGCACUUCUGAUAGCUUUGUGAAGGGCUACCUGCUCCCUGAUGAUAGCAAAGCCACCAAGCACAAAACUCUGGUAAUAAAAAAGAGUGUUAACCCUCAGUGGAAUCAUACAUUCAUGUUCAGUGGCAUCCAUCCCCAGGAUAUAAAGAAUGUUUGCCUAGAACUUACCAUCUGGGACAAGGAGGCCUUUUCCAGCAACAUUUUUCUGGGAGGAGUUCGUUUGAAUUCUGGAAGUGGUGUGAGCCAUGGGAAGAACGUGGAUUGGAUGGACUCUCAAGGGGAAGAGCAGCGCCUUUGGCAGAAGAUGGCCAACAACCCUGGAACUCCUUUUGAGGGUGUACUCAUGCUUCGUUCCAGCAUGGGAAAGUGUAGACUCUAG